AGGGGGAAACAGAGUCCCCGGCCCAAGGAAGAGAGACAGCGAGACCGAGUCCCAAACACUUGUACGCGCGGCGCGCGCCAGGCGCUGGAAAAUCAGAGGGAGGGAGGGGGCGGCGCGCGCGCGCUCUGGCGCUGGCCAUGAGCCGGGGCCGCGCCCGGCCGGCACCCGAUAGCCGCAGCGCCGCCGCUCUACUCCUCCUCCUCCUGCUGCUGGCAGUCUCCGUCGGUGGGCGCGGGAGCACCGCCGCCGCCGCCGCGGAGGUCGAAGAGGAGGAGGAGGCGGCGGUGGACUACGGCGCGGCGCUGUCCAAGAGCCUGCUCUACUUCGAGGCGCAGCGGUCGGGGCGGUUGCCGCACAACCAGCGGGUGCCGUGGCGGGGCCACUCGGGCCUCACCGACGGGCUGCAGCAGGGGGUGGACCUCGUCGGCGGCUACUACGACGCGGGCGACCACGUCAAGUUCGGCCUGCCCAUGGCCUUCACCGUCACCAUGCUCUCCUGGGGCGCCAUCGAGUUCGGGGACGACGUCGCAGCCGCCGGCGAGUGGGGGCACGCGCUCGAGGCCAUCAAGUGGGGCACCGACUACUUCGUCAAGGCGCACACCGAGCCCUUCGUCUACUGGGCAGAGGUGGGGGACGGCGACACGGACCACUACUGCUGGCAGCGCCCCGAGGACAUGACGACGUCGCGGCAGGCGUACCGCAUCGACAAGGACAACCCGGGCUCCGACCUCGCCGGCGAGACCGCCGCGGCGCUCGCCGCCGCCUCCAUCGUCUUCCGCCGCUCCAACCCGCAUUACUCCCACCUCCUCCUGCACCACGCCCAGCAGCUGUUCGAGUUCGGCGACCGGUACCAGGGCACGUACGACAGCAGCAUCGCGGAGGUGCGGAGCUACUACGCGUCCGUGAGCGGGUACCGCGACGAGCUGCUGUGGGCGGCGCUGUGGCUGCACCGCGCCACGGGGCGCGCCGAGUACCUCCGCUACGCCGCGGACAGGGCCGACGACUUCGGCGGCGUCGGCUGGGCCAUGACCGAGUUCAGCUGGGACGUCAAGUACGCCGGCGUCCAGGUGCUCGCCGCCAAGCUGCUGCUGGAGGGCGACCAGCAAGCCCUGCCGCACCGGGCGGUGCUGGAGCAGUACAAGGCGAAGGCGGAGCACUACCUGUGCGCGUGCCUGGGCCUCAACGGCGGCAACGGCAGCGACAACGUGGAGCGGAGCCCCGGCGGGAUGCUCUACGUGCGCCAGUGGAACAACCUCCAGUACGUCUCCAGCGCCGCCUUCCUCCUCACCGCCUACUCCCGCUACCUCUCCGCCGGCUCCGCCUCCCCGGGGCUCCUCCGCUGCCCGCGCGGCGCGGCGGCGCCGGACGAGCUGCUGGCCCUGGCGCGGUCGCAGGCGGACUACAUCCUGGGCCGCAACCCGCUGCGGCUCAGCUACAUGGUCGGCUACGGCCGCCGGUACCCGGUACGCGUGCACCACCGCGGCGCCUCCAUCGUCGCGCACAAGGCCAACAGCCGCUUCAUCGGCUGCAUGCAGGGGUUCGACGACUGGUUCGGCCGGGGACGGGCCAACCCCAACGUGCUCGCCGGCGCCAUCGUCGGCGGGCCAAACUGCCGGGACGAGUUCCGGGACGACCGCGGGAACUACAUGCAGACCGAGGCCUGCACGUACAACACGGCGCCCAUGGUCGGCGUCUUCGCCAGGCUCCCGCCUGGCCACGGCGGCGGAGGGGUGCCGGAGGGGGGCGGCUGACGAGGCGGAGUGUAGAUAAAAAGGUGGCGGCGGUGGUGUGCAAGGCGGGGAAAUUCUUUUUUCUUUCUCGUAAUAAGCUUAAUUAUUACUAGCUUCCAUAAAAUUAAUUUUUUGAAGUGUUAAUAUGAGAAAGAUAAAGAAAGAGAGAGUUUUGAGUAGUGAAAGAAAGAACAGGAAUCAUAGUGGAGGAAUAAGGAGGAGAAAAAAGGUGUGCAAAAAUUACCUGUAUGUUUUGUGUAGGUGUCACAGGACUGAAAAGAAGUGUAAUGUUUACUGGAGAACAGUAAAUACAUAGUCACAUAGACAAUUACAUGCAUAUUACUAUAUGUCUUUUUUUUC